AUGGGCUCCCGAGGACUGGCUAUGCCCUCUGUGUUGGCGUAUCAAGACAAGGCUCGAUAUCAUGCCGGCGAUGCUAUUUGCAAUUUUUUCACGUCUUCUUCCUGUUUCUUCAAACUGCAAGCCACAGCGGGCUCCUGCAAGCGCUCUGCAGCAACCUCCACCGGCUUCUGGCCUCCCAUUGCCUAUCAUCCCGCCAUUCGCUUCGCCCGUCAAUGCUGCAACCCUGUUUCCUUGAGGCGAGUGCCUGAGCGUGACAUUGCACCCUUGGCCACCCUUGGGCAAAAUGCCAUUGGAUCCUCGCUGAGCUUCAGUGGACUCUUGGUGGGCUCCCAGGUGGAUGCGAGCUGCCCAACCGUCAACGUCACCACCCAUCGACGUGUCCAGCCUGCAUUUGUGGAUGCUCUGUUGCAGGCUUCAUGA